AAGGCGGGCAGAGCGCCGCCGUGUCCUCUGCGGCCGCCAUGCUGCCCGCCGCCCGCGCGCUGCUGCCGCGCCGCCCGCCGCCCGCCUGGCGCUGGGCCGCCCCCGCGCCGCCCCCCGCCGCCCCCGCGCCGCCCCCCGCCGCCCCCGGGCCCGCCGCCGGCCUGCGGGCGCUCAGCACCGGCUGCGCGCGGCGCUCGGAGGCGCUGGCCGGGGCGCCGCUGGACACGGCGGCCAAGGAGUAUUCGCCCAAGGUGCGGCAGCUGGUGCGGGAUAUCGCGGGGCUGACGCUGCUGGAGGUGGCCGACCUCAACGCGCUCCUCAAGGAGACCCUGAAGAUCCCGGACGUGGCGGUGAUGCCCGCGGCGGCCGCCUCCCUCCAGCCCUCCCAGGCUGCUGCGCAGGAGGAGGAGGAGGUGGCCCCACUCAAGAAAGAGAAGACACAUUUCACCGUCCGGCUGACAGAGCUGAAACCUGCUGACAAGGUGAAGCUGAUCAAGGAGGUGAAGAACUUCGUGCCAGGAAUCAACCUUGUGCAGGCCAAGAAGCUGGUGGAGUCCCUCCCGCAGGAAAUCAAGGCCAAUGCCUCCAAGGAGGAAGCAGAGAAGAUCAAAGCGGCGCUGGAGGCAGCAGGAGGGACUGUGGUUCUGGAGUAGGGAGUUGGGUCCCACCAUGGAGGGACUGGCAUGAUGGCAGCCUUCCCAGUGCUGCCGGCCCGGGCUCCGGCCGGCUCCGAGCGUGAGACGCCCCCGGCCGUGCGGCGGGAAGGCUCCGAGGCACCGGGAUGCUGUACGGUUCGGCAGGGCCCUGCCCGGCCCUGUCGCCACCAUGAACUCUUACCUUCAUAAAUAACCCAUAAAAAAGCUGUAAAACGGUU